AUGACCUCCCAAAACCACUCUGUGGUGAUGAAAUUCACUCUCUCAGGACUCACAGAGGACCCAGUGCUACAGAAGGUUCUCUUUGGGGUGUUUCUGGCCAUCUACCUAAUCACACUGGCAGGGAAUCUGUGCAUGAUCGUGCUGAUCAGGACCAAUUCCCACCUGCAGACACCCAUGUAUUUCUUCCUUGGCCACCCCUCCUUUGUAGACAUUUGCUACUCCUCCAAUGUUACUCCAAAUAUGAUGAACAAUUUCCUGUCAGACCAGAAGACCAUCUCCUAUGCUGGAUGCUUCACACAGUGUCUUCUCUUCAUUGCCCUGGUGAUCACUGAGAUUUAUCUCCUGGCUUCAAUGGCACUGGAUCGCUAUGUAGCCAUCUGCAGCCCUUUACAUUACAGUUCCAGGAUGUCCAGGAGCAUGUGUGUCUCUCUAGUCACUGUCCCCUACGUGUUCGGCUUCUUUAAUGGACUCUCUCAGUCACUGCUGACGUUCCACUUAUCCUUCUGCGGCUCCCUUGACAUCAACCAUUUCUACUGCGCUGAUCCUCCUCUUAUAAUGCUGGCCUGCUCUGACACCUAUGUCAAAAAGACAAUGGUAAAGAAAAACUCCACCGGGGUGACUGAGUUUUUCCUCCUGGGACUGACAGAUCGAGCUGAGCUGCAGCCUGUCCUCUUUGUGGUAUUCUUAGUCAUCUACUUUAUCACAGUAAUGGGCAAUGUGAGCAUGAUUUUGUUAAUCAGAAGUGACUCAAAACUUCACACUCCAAUGUACUUCUUUCUCAGUCACCUUUCCUUUGUAGAUCUCUGUUAUGCCACCAAUGUCACUCCUCAGAUGCUAGUUCAUUUUUUAUCCAAGAGAAAAACCAUUUCCUUCAUUGGCUGUUUUACACAAUUCCACUUUUUCAUUGCCCUAGUGAUCACGGAUUAUUAUAUGCUCACAGUGAUGGCUUAUGACCGCUACAUGGCCAUCUGCAAGCCCUUGUUGUAUAGCAGCAAAAUGUCCACAUGUGUCUGCCUUUCUCUGGUUGCUGCUGCUUACAUUUAUGGCUUUGCAAACGGACUGAUGCAGACCAUCCUGAUGCUUCGUCUGACCUUCUGCGGACCCAAUGAGAUCAACCAUUUCUACUGUGCGGACCCACCUCUCAUGGUUCUCGCCUGCUCAGAUACGUAUGUUAAAGAAACUGCCAUGUUCAUAGUGGCUGGUUCCAACCUCACCUGCUCUCUCACUACUAUUCUCAUCUCCUACGUUUUCAUCUUCACAGACAUUCUGCGUAUCCGCUCUGCUGAGGGGAAGCAGAAGGCCUUCUCCACCUGUGGGUCCCAUCUGACGGCUGUCAUCAUCUUUUAUGGGACGCUGUUCUGCAUGUACCUGAGGCCCCCUUCUGAGGCAUCUGUAGAACAAGGAAAAAUCGUAGCUGUUUUUUAUGUAUUUGGUAGUCCUAUGUUAAACCCUUUGAUCUAUAGCCUGAGGAACAAAGAUGUUAAAAGAGCAAUAAGGAAAAUUAUCCAAAAGAAAUUAUGUGCUAAAUAA